CGGAGCCUGGGCGUGUGCCGCUCGCCGCUGCCGGGGCUCGCCGAGCCGCCUCUGGUGCACACACACGUACAUUGUCCGAGCGAGCUGCCGCCGCCGCCGCAGCGAGAGAGCGCCCCGGGGCUCGGUGCCAAUGCGGGGUGGGCGCUGCAAGCCGGGAGCUUCUCCACCACCCCGGUGGAAAGUUCAUCUUCGCCUGGGCCCGCCGCACCAUUGAUCCAGAGCGGCCGCCGCCGGGGAGGGAGGCAGGAUCUGCGGCUCUGGCCGGGAGGGGGGAUUUUUUUUUUGCCUUUUCCCUCCAAACUUUCUGUGCGCGCCUCCCGCCCCCGCCGAGGAUUUGCCUCUUCCCCGCUGUCUGCCGUGCAAGGAAAGCCGCCGGGGCGGGCGUGAGCGGUGGGGGAAUUGAGCCAUCCCCGACAACGAGGGGUCCACCACUUUCUACAGGGCCAGAGUGGCCAUCAACAGGGUAGUCUUUAAUGGACCAGUAAGGAGAGGUGUCUGUCCAAUUGGUUUCUGGAAUUUGGAAGGUGCCUAGGAGGAGACUGCAAGUGAGAGCAGCAGAGGUGCUGGCACCUGGCGAACAUAGAAGUUGGCACUGAGCACACCAGUGCCUGGUGUUGGUGCUGCUGGAGACCCUGAGCUGGGGUCAGCGAGAAGAUGACUGAGUAUAAGCUGGUGGUGGUUGGAGCAGGUGGCGUUGGGAAGAGCGCUUUGACAAUACAGCUCAUUCAGAACCAUUUUGUUGAUGAAUAUGACCCCACGAUAGAGGAUUCCUACAGAAAGCAGGUAGUCAUUGACGGAGAGACCUGUCUGUUAGACAUCCUGGACACGGCGGGUCAAGAGGAGUACAGCGCCAUGCGAGACCAAUACAUGCGGACGGGGGAGGGCUUCCUGUGUGUCUUCGCCAUUAACAAUACGAAAUCCUUUGAAGAUAUUCACCAGUACAGAGAGCAGAUCAAGAGAGUGAAGGAUUCAGACGAUGUCCCCAUGGUGUUGGUGGGAAACAAGUGUGACCUUCCAGCCCGGACAGUGGAAACCCGGCAAGCACAGGACCUGGCCAGGAAUUACGGGAUCCCCUACAUAGAGACAUCAGCGAAAACCAGACAGGGUGUUGAAGACGCCUUCUAUACCUUAGUGCGGGAGAUCCGGCAGCACAAACUACGCAAGCUGAAUCCACCGGAUGAAAGUGGCCCAGGCUGCAUGAAUUGUAAAUGUGUGAUAUCAUGACCAAGUUGACCGGACCGUGACUUGGAGGGGUUUCCACUGUGCGGCGCACGCGGACAGAGGUGAAACAAAAGCAGCAGCAAACUGAUUCAGGGGAGGAGUAUGGGGGAGGAGGGAGACAAGGAGGAGGAUAUCUUGAGCCCCGCAUGGACUGUCUCAAACUUCAUCAAGGCCUGUGACAAGCAACUUUUUUUCCCCCUCCCCGUCUCCUUUUGCCUCCUCCUCUCCCAGCAACUGUACAAAGCCACAGAUUGAAUCACAGUAAAUUAUUAUUUGAUGGUCUCGACAAAUGGUCUCUGUGGCUCUGUCCUACUUCAGAGGUGGCUGCUGCUGCUGUUUUUUGUGGGUGGAGGGUGUGGAAGGUGGUGGUGGGGGGUGAACUGCUUCCUUGAUUGGUUGAGGUUCUAUUGGCAGCCAGCCGAUCUGAAGGUGGCUCAGCUGAGCAUAACUCAUCUGUUCUGGAACCUGUCAGUGAUUGUCCUGGAGAUACGGGGCACCUCGAUUUUAGAAAAGGACAUGUGGUGUGAGGGCCAAUAUGACUAUCCCUUGGUCUCCAGAGAGAUAAAACCUCUUCAAAGCUCCCCACCAGAAAGGUCCUAUCCAGGGUUACUGCCAGCCUACAGCGGAGAGAGAAUUAGGAUGGUCAUUCUGUGCCCAAAUGGGCUUGGGUGAUUUUCUGGAAAGAUGGUUGGGGUGAGGUUGGGAUUUGAAGAUAAAAUAUGGAGUUGCUCUGUUUAUAGUAGGUCCUACACUAACGGAAAGUCCCCAAUUCCCAUGGGUUGGUUUGCUCUGAUCAUGUUUUGUGAGGUGUAUGCUGCUCCAGAGACGGGAAGUUGUCUUUGUAACCACCAUCGCUGCUUUAAUGCUUCUCUCUCUUGCCCCUUCCUAGGAAGUAGGAAAAGUCCAGUGAAUGUCUUUGCAGGGAGCUGAGUUUUAGUCUGGCAGGAGUUCACUGCAUGCCUGGGUCUGUCCUCAGAGUGAUGGGGGAAUCAUGCCCGUCAACAUGUGCCAUGUGAUAUUUCUGUGGGGCUGAGAAAGCUUGUAUAUAAAUCACUGCUCUGCACCUGGGGGUAGAGAGUGGGUCGCAUUUGAUGUGAAUUCUAAGCCUAGUGUUUUUCUGAGCCAACACCAGGAUUUACUAUGUGUUGCUUUCUGCUGCUGAGAUUUGAUUUCUCCUCUGUGGACACUUUCGAACAACGGGAGCUGUUUCCAUUCCCCAAAGUGUCGUGUUGAGGGGAUGGGAGGGGGAAGAGUCAUGGGAAAGUAAUUGUAUAUAUCAUCAGCUCAUGGAUUUGGAUGGGGCCCCUCUGCCAUAGAUUUGUCUGCGUCUGUUCCCUGCUAGCGUCUUCUUUGGCAGCAGCUGGCUAACUGUGACCCCUCUAUGCCUGCACAGCUAGGAUCUUGUGGCAGUCACGUAUAUUGCACAUGUAUGUAAAACUGUGACUGUACCUAGUGUGGCUAAUUACAGGUGAACCAAGAGCAAAAGGAAUCUACUUACUGUACUAAAGCUCCUCGCAAGACCCAGACCAGAUGCUCAGCAACCACUGACAAGGUUAAAGGUUAGAGAUCCACAGGCACUUAAUGUGGCUUUAUGUGGCAAGAGGGGUUGUAGCUGCUCCAGUGUUGGACAAACCCAAGAGACGCAUUGAAGUUAUUAAAUUUUCUUUCUCAGA